GUCACAUUUCACGCUGACACACACAAACACGCUCUCUCACACACACAUACACCACACAAACUCACUCACUCACUCACACACUGCUCACAAUAUCAUACACACGGACAGGAGAGCGCACACGGGCGUGAGAGGAAACGAGGAGAAACGCAGAAAAAAAAGAGAGAAAAAAGAAAGAAACAGAGGAAAUCCCCCGAAAGGAAAUGCCAAUCGCAGCCGCUGGACAGCCAACGACUCAGGAGCCCAGAGUUUGCCCCCGGCUGCCCUCCAGCCCGGAGCCGGUCCCUAAAGGGGCUGAUUUAUUCGAAGAGGCGGGGGCGGCGGAGUCGGCGGAGCGCACGGAGUACGGGGGCGCAGAGGGGGGCAGAGGACCAGGGGGUUUCACUUACAGCCACAGCGGCUCAAGGGGCUUUGCACAGCCCGGAUCGACCGUCGGCUCUCCGCCGCAGUCCCCAGCCGCGUCCUCCUCCUUCCUCUUCCACCCCCUUCACGCCCACCAAAUGGCCAUGGAACCCCCAAGGACUCGAUCUCGUUCUCGGUCUGGAUAUUACCAGCAGUACGGCGUUGGGAAUGGAAUAACCAGCAGUGGAGUUAUGGUGUCGAGCCACCACCACCACCAUCAUCUCCAUCAUCAUCAGCAGCAGCAGCAGCAUCUUCAUCCCCAUCCCCAGCAGCAGCAGCAUCAGCAGCAGCAGCAGCAGCAGCUCGGUGCCGGCUGCGCACCGCUCGGAGCUCACAGCCUCUCCGACAACCAGCAGCGAGCCUCUCCCGGCAUCCAGAGGCUCCCCUCGGUCCCUGGAGCGCACCGCAUCCCCACGGCAGGAGCUUCUGGGGGGUCCUACCACUGCCACCCAGAGCACGCAUACGGAGACGAGAGUGACAAGAGCGAGGAAAGCCCCAGUCCAAAGCGCCAGAGGCUGUCCAGCCAGUCCGUACUGGAACAGCUCACCUCAUCCGCACCCCCGCCCUCCACCCCCUCUCCCCCCAUCCGCCCCUGGGAGUCGGGACCCCCGAGCCGGAGGCAGCCUUACCCCCACCCGCUCUACCACCAGGAGAGAUGCCUCACGCCUGCCCGUCACAGGCGGAGCCCUCCGGCGAGGCGCCAGCGCGGACGGCUCUCCAGGCCCUCUCGCCACUUACCCCCUCACCAUCACCACCACCCCUCCUCGCAGGCCCCCGCCCCCCGCCCGUCCCCGUCAGAGCUCCAGGAUGAGAACUACCACCACCACGCGCUUCCCUCCGCGCACCAGGCGUACCCGGCGCACACGCCCAGCGCCUACGGUCAGCCGCCUGUGGCCGGCGGCGGGGUGGCGGGCUCAGAGGAGCCCCGCGCUUUCCACCCCCCCACCCUGUCGCCGAGACUCCUGCACCCGGCCGCCCACCACCACCACCAUCACCACCACCACCAGCAGCAUCACGCCACGCCGCCGCAGCCGCCGCAGCAGCAGGGAGCCGUGGUCAUGGACUUACACGAGCAGCUCCAGCAGGGCAGCGUACCAGUCUCCUACACUGUGACCCCCGUCCCCCCCCACGGCCUGGCGGCGCCGCUGUGCAGCGGUCAGCACCUCCCCCCCUCCUGCUCCUCCCAGCAGCAGGUGCCCACCUGCAGCGUGGUCUUCAGCACCGGACAGCACUACCACCCGAUGCUGCAGGCGUGCUCCAUGCAACAUUUGCCGGUUCCCUACGCCUUCCCGUCGCUGCUGUCCAGUGACCCUCAGUUUCUGCUCCCGCCGCCGCCUCACCUGUCCCACCACGCGCCUCACCUCCCCACUCCCGGACAGUUCCUGCCUUUCCAGACGCAACAGCCCAGAUCGCCUUUACAGAGGAUCGAAAACGAAGUGGAGCUUCUGGGAGAGCAGCUCUCAGUGGGCGGCGGCUUCAGCUACGCUCACCAUCAUCACCACCACCACCACCACCAGCCCCCCUCCACCCUGGGCCCCUCCACGCCGCUGCAGUUCCUGUCGCACCACGACCCGCUGUCGCCGGAGCUGUUCACAGUCCCCUAUCCCCACUUCGUGCCCCGCCGCUUCACCAGCCGGCGGUACCGCUCGCAGCAGGCCGUGCCUCCGUCUCCCUACCACCCCAGCUUCCUCCCUUACUUCCUGUCGAUGCUUCCCGUGCCCCCGAACGUGGCGCCCGCCAUCAGUCUGGAGCUGGACGUGGACGACGGCGAGGUGGAGAACUACGAGGCCCUGCUGAACCUCGCCGAGCGUCUCGGGGAGGCCAAACCUCGAGGCCUGACCAAGGCCGACAUCGAGCAGCUUCCGUCGUACAGGUUCAAUCCCAACAACCACCAGUCUGAGCAGACACUGUGCGUGGUGUGUAUGUGUGACUUUGAGUCCCGCCAGCUCCUGAGGGUUUUACCGUGUAACCACGAGUUCCACGCCAAGUGUGUUGAUAAGUGGUUGAAGGCGAACCGGACCUGUCCCAUCUGCCGAGCCGAUGCCUCUGAGGUCCAGCGGGACUCCGAGUGACCUCAGCCCCGUUCCCUCGAUCAGACGCUUCCGCCGACACACUCUGCUCCUUCCUGGGACCAGCUGGACCGCUCGGUCUCCAUCCCUCAGACCCCGAUCAGACCUGGGAUCAGCACUUUGCAGCGUGGAGGUUUCUCCGCUCCCCACCCGCCCUGCAUACUGUUAAAUGGCCUUCUGAAACACACAGACACGGUAUCAUGCGCAGGUGGACUUUUUUUUUUUUUUUUACCGAGCACUUCGGACCCGCUCCGUCUUCGAGGCGAUGGACGAAAGAAGAGACUUUAUGGAAACAAAAGAGACUUCUGUAUAGUAGUACUAACAAAUAUUGAGAGUAAAUUUGCAGUCCAAAGAUUAUGAUGAGUUCGUUAUUAUCCUGGUUUCUAAUUAAGCAUUCGCGACGUGGCGUGCAGAGACUCUUUUUCACUCGCCGCUGGACGAGUCGGUUUGAUUUCUCUGUGUUCUUGCAUUCCUCAAGCAUCCGAGCAGCCUGCGUGCGGUGAAGCCAAGAUACUGUGUGUCACUGAGUGGAAAGAUAAAACACUUAUUUUAUUUUAUUUGACAUGUUUUGCGGGCGGGCGUGCCAAUGUGGGUAUGAGUGUUACUCCUCCUGUGGUAUUUAUGCAGUUCAUGUGGUACUGCGCAUUCAUUUGCUAAAUUCCGCCUGGAUUUGACUCACUGGAGGUCGGGAGGACGUGGUGAGAUCAAAAAUCAAAAGAUUGUAAGCAGGGAAAACUUUUCAUCCUCCGUUUUUCUGUCAUUUCAACUUCGUCUUAAAGGUGCAGUAUGCAAAGAUAAAGUAAUGCCACUUUUAUGCAUUAGGUGGCAGUAACGAGUCACGAUCAGACCCUGUUUGUGUUCAGUUCACCUCAUUUCAUUGUCUGUCUCAGUUUGGAUGGUUGUUUUUCAGCUUGUGGGGCUCGGUGUGAGAUUUUUGGACUGAGGACAGACGGCGUUUACGGCACACGACGUGUUGGAGGCCAGCUGGUCGGCUUCCCAACGUCACGACUGCAACCUGUAGCAAAACAUCCAUGAGUCAUGUUCGUCAUGUAAAUUAAAUUUUACAUACUGUACCUUUUUUAAAGUUUUCCCAUCUUCAUUUCUGUGUGUGUUUGUGUGUGUGUGUGUGUGUGUGCGUGCGUGUCUGAAACGAGACCGUUUUCUUAAAGAAAACAAAUCAGGGUGUUUUAACACUGUUCGGAUUCAGUGAAGUUUUUGUUCAUGUUCAGGCCCCGUUCACACGGCAGCGAUUUCAAGUUAAAAACAGGUGUCCGCUUCCAUGACAACGAUGCUCACAGCUGUAGUACUUGGCGGUUUUGUAGUUGACAGUCGCUGUAUUAUCAGCUGACAUCAUUUUCUAAAUGUUUCAAUGUAAACGUGGAAACGAAAACGAUGCCUUUCCACUUGAAGCGUCGUCGUGUGAACGGCGUCUCAGUUUACCAGUUUCCUUAGAAAAAGUGACCGUUUCUGUCUCGGUACCCUGCUGCGAGCGGUCACAGCGAAAUCUGCUGCGUUCCGUCAGUGGAUGCGACGCCUCUGCACUUUAAUAUGUAGAUUUAGGACCUACACACCUUUUUUUUUUUUUUUUUUUUUCCCCCUUUCUGAACAAACCACUGAUGAAUAUGUCGUCCGUUCUUUGUGCAUGUGAGAACAAACGUGAACGCAUUAAAUAUCUCCUUCAGAUAACUCUUUGUUUGGAUCACAUUUUUGUUCCGUCUCUGCUAACGGUGUGUGUGUGUGUGUGUGUGUGCGUGCGUGUGUGUGUCGUGGGGGGACCUGCAGUGUCUUACAUCUGAGAUGCCUUUUAUUAAACUUUGUUUUCCUGUCUCCUCACUGUCAACACAUCAGAUUCAUUUAUUCCCACCAGGAUUAUAUUCCCAGAAAAUGCAAACUAAUAUCUGGGAUGUCUUUUUUUUUUUUUUUUCUUUCCAAUUGUUAUUGUCUGAAACUUUUCUUUCAGUGUUGUGAGUUUGUAAAGUGAUGUAUUAUCCACAGGAACCAAUGGAAAUGGUUGUUCCUCUCCUCAGUUCUUUCUUUUGUGUGCGCGCGCGUGGGUGAGUGUGUGUGUGUGUGGUCAUAUUUGUGAUUGUGUGCAUCCGUUGGACAGUUUCUUUGUUGCUUGGUACACUAGCAAUUACCUCAGUCCCAUUUAUUUAUGUACUUUUUAUUGUUUCUUUUGGAAAAAGAUGGCGCAGCCUGUAUGAUUUCUGCUCGUGGAUUAAUCUUUUUCAUGCAAGUCGGUGGGUUGUUUGAAUAUUUUUGUUUUCCUCCUAUGAAACUCUGUCAUUAAAACAGUGUCAUAGUAGAUUCAUUCUGUAUUAUAUCUGUAACCAAAAUCAUUUGAAGGCUUGUUAUGAUGAUGAUGAUGAAAUUUUUAACAAACAUUUGUACAUUUUGUAUGAGAGUUAUUACUAGUAAUACUUUAUUAAGUAGUGCAAUGAUUUUUUUAAUCCCUUACCGUGUCUUUUGGAUUCAAAAGCUGGUUCAAUAAUAAAUGUAUAACUUCCUCUU